CCGUCUUUUUCGCAUCGAGCGUCUCGAGAACAGCCCAUGGCUCAAUCAUCACCUGUUCCUGUCUCCAAGGAUAGGCGCUGUUGGCGCUGCAUAUUGCUCAAUCGAACUUGCGACCGCAUGCCCAUGUGCCGGGGUUGCUUGGAUCUAGGCAAUGAUGGCCUGAAGAUUCUCCCUUGCAAACGAGGACAGAUCGCUACGCAUUUCGAAGAGGCAUUCUCUAACUACAUCGAAAUCGCUGACGGCGUCUGGCUUUUCAGCACGGGGAAAUACCACUGGAAACUCACGGUCAAUUACUUCCAACUGGGUCACGAAACAGCAGUAAAGCAUGCCAUUGUAGACCUCCCGUGGCAUGUUAAGGCAGAAUCGUCGGCUCGUCGCGCCCCGUAUGAUUUUGCGCGACAAUUCAACGAUGUCCCGAGUAAAUGGCCCGUUGCUUAUGCAGCACUCAGUGAAGACAUUAUCCUGAAAGCCUCUUGCCAUUUGUGCUCCCACACCCCGACCCACCCGGAACCCGGAGCCCGGCCUUGGGAAACGGAGGCCAGCUCCAUCCUUCCUGCCCUGCGAGCUCUGGUCCGCGUACACGCUGUAUCUCAAUUCAGCGAUCACUUUCCCCUUGGGUGGCUCAUCGAUGACGACUUUGCCCACGUCCAGUAUCAUGUCCUGGCGGCUGAGUUGAUUGAAACGCCAAACAGAACCUCGCAUCUCGAACCAGAGAUCCUCCUAGAACGCAUGGACGAGGGCUUUCGACCACCAGACAAUACCGAGUUUGUGAGGGUGCACGAUUCGUUACCACAACUUCUCGCGACAGCUGUGGAACUAGCUCGCACCGACCUUCUCAAGGGUGACCCCACUAGAUGGCCAGCUGUCUGGUUCACGCUUUGUCUACUCUGGUUGAUCGACUUUAACCUUGAGGAUGCCCCUGGAUUUACCGACACUCUGCUCACAGCCCAGAAUACACUACGGGGCGCCAUAGAAAGCCUUGCCCAAUUAUACCUUCACUGCUGCGGCGACCUACAUCCACUUAAUGAGGAAGGAGUGGACCGGGAAUUAUUCAAAUUGAUAUGCGGAGCUGAAGACGUCAACACGUCAACUACACUUGAGCGGUUCUUGGAGUUCAAUGAUAUCUGGGUCGAAUCCAGGUUGUCCGAUGAACAUACAGACAGCGUUAGGAAUUUUAUCCGCCAUCUUGAUAAUUUCGCUACUGGUUGGGUAAGAUCCUAGAGGAUAAACCAUGUCUGGUCUCUCCCUAUGUAGGAACUGGAGACGCCACUAUCCCAGGCAGCACAAGAAAGGGGGCAGCAUAAUACGCAAUUCCUUUAUUGCUGCACCUUUGAUUUCUC